AUGGAUCGAGUGAAUCGAGUGAAGGUGUUCUCGGGUCAUCCAAUACGGGCCAAACAAAACCCCCCCUCCCCUCAUUCAGACGCGUCCACAGACGCGCGAAGAGAUAGAGAGAGAGAGAGAGAAACGAAGAAGACGAAUCGAUUCGAAACAACCCCGACUGGAGAUCGAACGAUCGAAGAAGAGGAAGAACAAGUUAACACGAACAGAUCGAUCGAAGAAGAGGAACGUCUGGAGGGUACUGCACGAAGACGAUCGACUGAGAGCAUGGGACUCAGAUCCUCUCCAAACAUACUCUCUCCAAAGAUCUUCCGCAGCUUUUUAUCAGAGGACGACAGCACAUAAAUGAACCCAUCCAAGGGCAGAGACAGCACCAGCAAUGCUGUUGCCAGUCUUUUAAUUACCACGACGUCGUUUCCUCACCCGCACCUAAACAGAAGCUUAACGUCUUCCUGUUAUGCAUCUUCUCUCUCCUUCUCUAUUCAAUUUCGAUCUCCAGAAAAGCCCUAAGUUCAUCGAACAGACAAAAUGGCUCUCUCCAUCUCCAUUCGACGCGUCAUUGUGUGAGAAUGGGUCGACCAUCAAUCAAGCCAAUAUCGAACUUGGCAUCGGCGACAAGCCCUCUGAUCUCACCGAACAUCACCAUUUUCUCAUCUUCGACAUUGUGCUUGCUUAUUACGCUUACCUUCAAAUUCUUCUUUCUACAUCGACGGAAAUCUCACAGAAAAUUGAAUAUUGCUGUCACUAUAUUGUUCUCGGAUGCAUAACUGUAUUUCAUUAGCAUUCUUUGUUUGACAACACAAGUCUAAUUUUUCUCUGAAAUCUUGCAUGGAUAUAGAACUUUCUUCCAAUAUAGAUUCAUUUGUCACUUUCA